UUUUAAAAAACGUUGCAUUCCACCUCCUGGAAAUGUUGGAUGGAGUGAUUGAAAAAAAAUGAAAGGGGGAGUGUCCAGAAAGGAAAGGAGAGGACCACCAAAAGGGGCAAGAUUUUUACUACAGAUCUGAACAGUUGAUGGUGAAGUUGUUUCAUAUAUAAGCAGAGGAACAAAGUAAGCCAAGCACUUUCUGUAAAGAUGGCAUACCUGUUGAUGUUCGUGACCCUGCUACACCUGGUAACCCUGGCCAUGCUCUUCAUUGCCACCAUGGAGAAGUCCUGGUGGGUUUGGAACGGGAUGGAGAGUUCCGAUCUCUGGUACAACUGUCGGUAUGACAACGACUCUGGUACCUGGUUGUGUGCAUCCGCUGAAGAGACAGAGUGGCUCCAGUCAGUCCAGGUGCUAAUGGUGCUGUCUGUAGUGUUCUCCUCCGUGUCUUUCCUGGUGUUUCUCGGCCAGCUCUUCACCAUGUCUAAAGGAGGCCUCUUCUACUUCACUGGGCUGUGUCAGGUUGUCGCAGGUCUCACAGCAUUCACGGCAGCUCUGAUCUACACUCUGCACAACAAGGAGAUUCUCCUGGACUCAUGGGAGAACAAGUCAGGUCACUUCGGCUACUGCUUCAUCCUGGCCUGGGUCUGUGUGCCCCUGCUGCUCUGUAGCGGGGUCAUGUACAUCCACCUACGCAAGAAGGAGUGACAGAGAAAAGAGGAAUCGCAUGAGGUGUUGAGCUGUGGUGGUUGUUUUAACUGUCCACAUCCACCAAAUGAGGGGUGAAUCAGGGUCAGGAUCUGUUUUUGAAUGGAAUAGAUGCAGCUAAAAAUCCAAAGAUAUAUAUUUUUCAAUAUUAAAACGUUUUUUUUACUGUAAAGAUUUUAGAUGCAAGUAUAUAAUCUCCGGCUUUAGGAAAACAGGGUUGGGCUACUGGUGGAAUAUUAGUCUUUCUGGCUAUUUUCCUUUUUUGUGUGUCUGAAAACACCUAGAUGUACCGGUAUUUAUUGUAAAUAAAGUGACUUAAUCAAUCACAAUAGUUAUGCUGUCAUCUAUUUUUCUACCAAAAUAUGAUCUCAUGUUAUGAUACAACAUAAUCUGUAUUAUUUUGCUGACUCUUUUUAAAUAAAAGGUUGUAGUA